GGCUCUCCCCCUUUACACACACACACACACAGUGAGUAAAGAAUAAAUUUUUUUUGCGAACUUGAUGAAUAUGAAAAGAGGCGAAAGCGCUGGAGGUGGGCAGAGUUCGUUAGGGUAUCUCUUUGGUCCUGAAAAUAAGGACAAAAUCGAGGCGGCGCCACCAUCUCCGACGACCCUUAUGCCACCUUAUGGUAUCGAUACGGGAGACGACGACGGUAAGCCAUCGGAAACCUCUCCCCUCAAAUCCAAAACCACUAUGAUGGUUCAAAGCCAAAACUCUGGCAUAUUCAUCACUGGUCGACCUUCAACUAAGGUUAAGUCUCCACCGGGUGGAGAUUCAUCUCUAGGCUACUUGUUCGGUGAUAAAUCUUGAAAUCGAUCUAAUUAACAUGGAGUAUUAUUAUUAUGUGUUCCUACUUUAAUUAGGAAGAAUAAAGCAAAAUUUGGCCAGAAUUUUGUGUUUGUUUAGUGGUAAACUUGGACGAGGGUUUGUUUGUGUGUGGGUUUGUAAUGUAUGUGUGAUUGUUUUUCGAUAUUAGAGUGAGCUUCCCAAUUGAUGUAUUUAUCCAGAAUAUGGAUACAUAUAUAUAAAUGUUUGCGUAUGUCAAA